AUCAUCGGCGCUCUUUUCAAACCCCUUUACCGCGGAAACAUGUUAACUCAAGAGCUGUUAAUCAUCAAACUUUAACGGAAAUCAAAAUAUAACGCUAAAAUGAAUUUGCAGCAGAUUAUUGGCCUAACGGAGACAUUUGUGUCGGUUAUGUAGAACCAAGUAGACGUUUGUUAAGCUAGCUGUCAGACGAGCCAACACGUGCCACAUCACAGCUAUGAACAACAGCGCAGAGAGGAAAUAUGUCAAUCUGAGGAAGCGUCUGGAUCAGCUGGGCUACCGACACCCACUGGGGAUAGAGUCACUGCCACUGGUGGAGAAACUAUUCAGUGACCUUGUCCACACAACAGAAAGCCUGCGCAAUGCCAAACUGUCAGCAGGGAAGACUGAAAAAGAAAGUCGAAACUUUGAUGCUCUUCUGGAACCGUACAGGGCGGAGAAUGCCCGCGUGGUCAGAGAGAACAAUGAGCUGCACCUCGAACUUCUCAAGCUGAAGGAGGAGAAGGACCGUGUCAGCAGAGAGCUCAAGACGCACAUCAGAAAACUGGACCACGAAACGUCUGACUUGAAGUUUUUAAAUAAUCAGUAUGUGCACAAAGUUCGCUGUUUGGAGAAGGACAGCAAAGCAAAAGCUGAGCGCAUCCAACAGCUGCAGGAGAAGAACAUGCAAGCUGUGGUGCAGACACCAGGUGGAAAAAAGCGCAGCAUCCCUUUCAGACGACAGAGAAUGCAGAUUGAUGAGCUCGUACCUUCCUCCUCUACAUCAGCUUAUCCUGUAUCGCAGCCUGAUGAUCCGUAUAUAGCCGACCUUCUGCAGCUGGCAGAUGGAAGAAUAAAUGAGCUACAGGAAGACAUCCUAAAAGUCAAACUAGACCUGGAAAAUGCUCACGAAUGUAUAAAACACUUAAAUACACAGGUGGAGGAGAGGGACAAAGAGAUCGAGCGUAUGAAUCGUGCGCUUCAUGGAGGACGACCUCAUGAUGUAGUCUCCCUUGAGGCUCAGAACAUCAGCAACGAGAAACUGAUCGCCCAUCUCAACCUUCAGAUUGAGUACCUGCAGGAGGCCAACAGGGCACUGGAGCAGAAGGUCGAGGCGCUGCAGCAGAAGAAGAAGGACGCCUCCACCGAAGUGGCAAAUCUGUCUUUAAAGAAUCUGGAGCUGUGCGAAGAGCUCACGCACAUAGACGACCUCGCAAAGAGGCUAGAGAUGGACAAGGAGCAUGUGCUGGAAACUGCUGACAUGGAACUGCAAGAAACUAAAAAAGAAAUUCAAAGGCAACAGAAAAUUAUUGAAGACUUAGAGGAUAUCAUCACAAAAACAAGGAGGGAGCAGUCUGAAGGUGACUUUGAAAAAGACCGACUUCAAGACCAGCUGGUGGAGCUCAAAGAGCAGAAUGAGAAGAUGGAGGGGCUGGUGAAUUUCCUGGAGGAGGAGAAAAUCAGGCUGCAGGACAAAAUAGAGAAAAUGAUGGCAACAGACAAAGACGUGGUGCUGGAGUUGGAGGCCAUGCGGGCUAAACAUGGCGUUUGUGGAAGGGAACGCUCCCCAUCGCGGCUGGACGCAUUCGUCAAGAGUCUAGAGGAGGAGAGGGAUUUCUAUCGUCAGGAGGCCGAGCGCUACAAAAGAGCCAGAGGUGGCUCGGAUGUCAGCCCCAGUCGUAGUCCAAACAAGGGCAGGAGUCCCAGGUCCAAAAUAACGAGGGGUGUUGUUGCAGAGACAGAACUGCUUCGUUUAGUAAAGGAAAGAGACGAGCUGAAGGCGGCUCUGCUGGACUUUGAGAGGCACAUGGAGGACAUCCAGGACAAUGUGAAGGGCCUCAGCUCUGAGAGGGACCAUUUCAAAACACUGUUCAAACAAGCUCAAGAGGACCUGAAGCUGGCCCGUAGCACAGAUAUGUCAGCUGACAUCUUGAAACUGAAGGAGGAGAUCACACAGGGAGAAAUCAGAAUCCAGCAGAUGACAGCUGAAAGAGACACACUGAUGGAGAGGUUAAAGGUUGCCCAAUCGUGUGCUCUCACAGACAGACAGACAGAGGAGAGGAGGAUAUUUGACCUGGAGAAUGCCGUUAAGAGUUUGGAGCGAGAGCGACUGGACCUGCGGUCACAGGUGUGCUUGCUGAAGGAGAACAGGGAGGCUGCUGAGGAGGAGCUGAAGGUUCGGUCCUCUGCUCUGGUCCAGAAUGCAGAGGAGGUUUCCCAACAGAGGGCGGAGGCUAAUGCUCUGAGGCUGCUACAGGAACAGAUGGAGCAGUCUCUGUCUGAUACCCAGCACAGGCUGUCUGUGAAGAUAAAUGAGCUGCAUGCUGCCCAUCAGCAGAUUGAGAAACUGGAGGAGACAAUAGGGGAGCUGAGUCAGCGAGGCGCCAAGCACAAGGAGGAAGUGGCUGCUCUUCAGAAGUCCAUCUCUGCGUUGGAUCGAGAGAAAGAUGCUCUGCAGGACGAGGUGGAUCAAAAGACUGAAAAAGUGGUUGUUCUCCAAGAGGAACUGUCUAAAAAGGAACAUACCCUUGAAGAUGUGAGGCUAACAGUCACAAACAUGGAUAACUCAUUAGCUCAGCUGCAGGGGGCGUUAAACAGCCGUGAGAGGGAGAUCACCAGCCUGAGGAGGCAGCUAGAUGCCUGUCAGGAGGAGCUGGCUGGACUCAGGAGAGACAAAGAAAUCACAAUCAGAGAGAACAGGAGGCUGCAAGAUGACCUCGCUACAAUGACCCGAGAGAACCAAACUGUACAUGUGGAGAUGGAGGAGGCGCUGCAUGAGAAGGAUGAGCUGAAGAUGAGGGUCCACUCUUAUAUUUCUGAAGUGUCCAGGAUAGAGAAACUAAUGUCCACAAAGGAACAGGAGAACAGGGACUUGCUGGAGCGUUUUAAGAUGGCCCACUCUGAGGUGGAGGAGCGGGAGCAGAAGUUGCAACAAGCUGAAGGCCUCAAUAACUCCAUCCGCCUGGAGCUGCUGUCUUCAGACACAGAACGCAGGCGCCUCCGCGAUACUGUCGGCCACCAGGAGAGAGAAAUCCAACAGCAUGCACAGGCCUUACAAGCUUAUGAGGCCCAGGUGUCGUCACUGGUUCGAGGGAUGUCCCGAUUAGAAGAGGAGCUGCACAAAACACAGGAGGAGAAGGCCGCACUCCUCUCGGAUCUGGCAUCCGUCAGGGAGCUGUGCGUCAAACUGGACUCUGGCAAGGAGCUCGCUGCACGUCAGCUCACCUCCAGGAGCAUGGACUUAGAGAGGGUCACAGGAGAGCUGGAGGAUGUUCGGUCAGAAGCAGAGCUACUGAAAAAACAACUGGCCAGUGAGAGGCUGACUGUCCGUAACCUUGAGACGCUUCUCUCCACCAAUCGGCAAAAGGAGUUCCAAACCCACCUGACGGCCAGUGAGAGAGAGUCGGAGCUGAAGGUCCUACGUGACCGGCUGACUCUGGCCGACAGCAAAACUGCGGAGCAUGCCAGGGAGGUGUCCCAGCUCCGCGGAAAAGUGUCUCAGCUGCAGACGGAGAUGGACGUCCUGAAAAGACAGUUGAUGACUGAACGCUUUGAACGUGAAAGGGCAGUUCAGGAGAUGCGCAGACAGGGUGUGUCGUUCUCAUCUCUGCAGAGUUCGUCGUCCCUCAGUGUGUCCACCAGUCCCCAUCACACGUCCCCAGAGCGCUCCAUCCUCCGAACUCUGAACCGCUCCACCGACAAGUCAGCAGACAAAAGUGUGAGCUUCAAGGAUUAGCGACUGAAGAAACAGACAAAUGAAGGAUGUGAUGAGUGAGUCAGAAACCACUUAAAGCUUGUGCUGAAAUGUGGCGGUCUCCACAAGUAACAUUAAUUAGCCUCUAGGAACUUAAUGCACCAGUCCAGGCUGAGGCACUGUGGGUGAAAUCACACCUGGGUGUUUAACAGAAACUAAUGACUGUGCAGACUUUUUUUUUUAUCGAAAUAUCCAAGUUCUUAUUGACUCCACUUGAAUAACUGAAUGCAAAGUGACUACGUUUUCAUGCAAACCAGUUUUCUUCUUUUAUUUCAAAUGGGACAAUAUUCUGAAUUGGAUGCGGGUCAUGUAAACAGCAUAUGUAGCAAUUUCCAUUUAAGACAUAUCAGAUAUGUCUUAUUCAGGUUUUAGGAGCAUUCUUUAAACAUGAACAGGAAUAUUGUCUUUUUUGGACUAAGGGCAAAAAACAGAAUCUUUUGUGUGUGUAAACUUAUUCAUUGAUGAAAUUAGGGUUCCACUUUGAGUGAGUACAUGCCUCUGAAAUGAAUUUGGUUUUCAGCAACUAUAACCUCAAAAUGUAGCAAGAGAAGUAUUAGGUCAACCCUGUGGUUUUGUGCAUUAUGCUUAGUAUUCAUGUUUUUUUAAAAUGUUGUUUAAAUUAUUAAAUUAUUCAUAAAAUAAAGCGAUACAAAAUAACAGAAACUGCAGUGAUGUGCAUCACAAAAUUUGAACUUCUGUUUUAUUACAAGGUAAAUAGUCUGCGGUUUUGGAAAAGAUGGAAGAUGGAUGGGGAGGAGGGACUGUGACGUAAAACAAAAAAAAAGACAAGCUUGAUUUAAAAGCCACAAACCUGUGAGUUUGUGUUUUAGCCUGCUAAACCACUGAAGGCCCACAGAGGCUAGAAACACUUAAACCUUAUCCACUGCGUACAUGAAGAAACAUGCAAAAUACAAAGUUUGGU